GUAAAAUUUAUUGCAAAAGGAAAAUAAAGGAAAAUUUUUUCUGUGAACUUGAAAGUUUUCCUUCAUUAAAAUUUUUUUAUUUUGAGAAACUUCAAUAAGCAUUAACUUGGAGAUUAAAAGUUGAUCCACUAUGAGUUAUAAUAGUUGUACUGGAGACCAUUCCUUUUGUGGAUAUUGGGAGAUUACCGAAUCACUUGACUUUCAUUCCGAGGACCUCGGCUUAUGCGGCAUUAAAUUCCUUCUCGACGAAGGCGGUGACAUUAUUUUCCUCAAUGAUUUAUUCUCCCUUCAAGUGGUAUCCAUAAACGAUGACCAAACAUCACCAACGAUUUGGUCAUCAAAGGCAAUGAUUGAGGAUGAUAAAUCAAAACUAAGUACUGGAAAUGAGUCUGCUGACAUUUUAUUUUGCUGUGAAACGUUCGAAGUUGUUGCUUUGGAUGUUGAUCAAAUGAGUAAUGGUAAUAAUUCAUCUACUGCUGCGGCUCUUCUCUUUAGAUCCUUUACGGGACACCAUAUUGAAUUUAGAACAAAUACCAUUAAGCCACUUGAAUCAAUGGAAUUAAAAUGUGAAGGCUGGUGUAAGCUAACAUGUAAGAGAAUUAAGAAGGAUCAAUCGAUUGGACAAUCAAUUCAGUAUUCACUGUUAACAGCAUUUGAGGAGAAAUUCUUUAGUGAUGUUGUGAUUAAAAGUUGUGAUGGAUAUUCGUUUGAAGUGCAUUCACCAAUUUUACGGUUGAAUGGAUUCGAUUGUAGCAGCUUAAACCAAACUCCUGUGUCAGCAACACCAUUAUCUGGCAGCAUUCAAUCAUCGCAGCCACCCUCAAACUUCCUCUCACCACCAACCAUUCAUUUGAGUACAUUCAACUUUUCACCAAACUUUGUCAAUCACAUCUCGAACUCAUUCAAUUGUUUGGCAACGACAAGAGAUUCAAAUUAUCAUUUGGCAGCACCAUUGGCAACAAGCUUAAAGAAUGGACAAAUAUCGUCAUCAGAUUCUCAUUUGAAUAAUAUCCAGCAAGACAGCACGAAAGAGAAUAUUUUUAAUUUUCCAUCGACGCAAGUUAAUCAGCAGAUAAUGAGCAAGAAAAGUGAGCAUAAACAUAAACUGCGACUGUCAUCAUCACAAAUAAUCUUUAAAAAUCCAACAUCGCCAUUUCGUGUACGCAGCAGUCCAUUACCAUUUUUGAAUUUGUCAAUUGAUGUUCCACUUACACCAUCGUCACCCCUUACAUCCGUUUCGGUUCUAUUUAAUUUGACUAAAGACACUUUAGUGCCAGUAUUACAUUGGUUGUACAGUGAAUCAUUACCCCAGAAUUUAAAUGAGACACAACUGGAAGCAUUAUUAAAAUUAUGUGCCACAAUUCCACCACUGAACAAGAUGAGUGGACCUUGUAAGAAAUAUUUGAGGCUCAUUAAGCUGAAGAAAGUUAUAAUUGAUAUUUUUGUGGACAUUCAUGAAUGCUUGAAUCGAAUAGUUCAGCUUCUUAAUCCUUACAACAUUUCCAAAUAUCCAUCAGCUCUGUGUGAAAUUUUUAAACAAUGUCUUCGUGAACUUUCCAUUGGAUUUGCUUUGUUCCUUCAACUUUCGCAAAUUUUUUCAAAAGAUACAUUUUUAAAUCGAUUCCAACGCAAUGAAAUUAUCAAGUUUGUUAAGUCACGCAUUCCAAUUGUAAUUACUCAGUUACAUCAGAUUCUUCAAAAUGUCUUGAUGAUUAUUAAGUCGCUGCAUCGUGAGGAGAAGGAAGAGUUGGUUAUGUACUUAGUUCCUGAGAUAAUCCUGGCAUUAGACGUAACAACCGAGCUUCUAACAGAUUUCAAAAACUCAUUGGAAUUAAUAUGCAAAAGUAUUCAAAGUGAUCAAGAAGAAACUUGCGGAAAACGCAUGGAUCAAUCACAUUCUAAUGCUAGUGCCGUUUUAUUUCUUCACGUAUGUGAAAUCAAGCAACUUCAUGACAUUUAUGGAAAAGUCAAUUCAAUAUUGGAAAUAAUUCAACAUAAACAAUUUACAUUUAAUAGUUUGAAUCAAGCACAGAAAUUGAGCUGUAUCCACAUCAACAUAGACCAUUUGCUGUUUGAAAUUCCAAACGUGAUUGAGAGGAUUGAAGAAUUAUCGAGAAACAUGGACGAUAAAUUCGGAUGGAAGGAAUUUAAAUUUUGCUUUAAAUUUGCCACAAGUCACAUUAACGGUAUUCUCAGCAAGAUACUUGAGCACAAGGCAACAUUAUUGUAUCCAAUGCUCAAGCUUACACAGCUGGUUAACAGAAACGCCUUUACAGAAGUUGUCCAAAAACUUGAACUGUUGCAAAGUGAUGUAAUCGCCAAAAAUUUUGAUCCAAGUGAUAACGUAGAUAGCGAACAAAAAAUGAUUAAUGAUUAUAAUAGCUAUAAGAUUAACAUAUUUAGUGGUCUUUGUGAACCUCCGAAUGCUGUCAAAUCAAAUUUGGCUAAAAAUUCUCUUAAAUUACUUCACUCGGGACAUCUUGCAGACAUGGAAUUUGAAGUCAUAACAACGGUUGCCACAGAUUGUCCAAUUUCAUAUGCAUCAACUCCUGUCUCAAUUAUUACACCACCGAACAAUGAUGAAUUUGAUUAUAACGAUGGAACUGUCAAAAAAGAGUAUCAUGUGUUUAAAGCCCAUCGUGUGAUAGUCGCCUCACGAUGUGAAUACUUACGGAAGGCAUUGUUAUCAGGCAUGCAAGAGGACAUCAAUAGGAAAAUAACAAUUUAUGAUGCAUCACCUGUGAUAUUUCGACGAUUUUUACUUUAUCUGUAUGGGGCACCAGUUGACAAAAAUGUUGGACUUGAGUCAAUUUGUGAGUUGAUGCUGCUGGCUGAUCGUUAUUCAGUAGAUAGUCUAAAGGAGGUUUGUGAGCAAUCUUUAAUGUCAAUGAUAGAUAUUGAGAGUGUAAUUUGUAUGCUGGGUAUUGCGGAUCGUUUUAAUGCAAAUACUUUGAAAACAAGCUGCUUAUCGUUCAUCUCGCAAAAUGUGGAAUUAACAAGUUCCGAAAGCUUCUCGCUCCUAACACAAGAAUUGCAAUCUGAAGUAUUUGAUUUGAUACAUUGGAGGAAGCGUUGUACAACAGACGCAUGGAAUAGCUUAUCAUCAUCACGUUAUGAUGAUGCGUUGAGAUCAAGGCAUUCACUGAAGUCACCAUCGAGACCUUCAAAGUCAAGAAGUCGAAAAUCAUCACCAAAUAGUUAUCAUAAAUGAUUGAAAUUUCUUCUCUUCUAGAUAAAUUUAUAUUUAAUGACAGAGUUUAAGCACAGACAGAUGAGUUUGGCGAUGAGUAUUUUCACGGGUAUGUUUGAUAAAUGGCAGCUUUCUGUUGAUGAUCAGGGUGCUGAACUCUUCUGCCUUCAUUUAAAUUUAUAAGAUUUUUUUGUUCUCAAACGCCACUUAAAAACUAGGGCUGCCUACGUUUUAUGAUUUGACAGUCAUUGGUGUAUUAAUGAUGCAAAUUUUUUUAAUUAGACAUAUGCUUAAGAAUCUGAAUUAUUAUUUAAAAAGCAAUUACCAACAUUUUCAAAAACGCAAGAGUUUAGUUCAUCAAACAGUUCUAUGAUAGCUGAUCAAACCUAGAAAAUACAAUAUUAAAUUUUUUUGACAUUCAAUAAUUUCAUCAUUCUCACUCUGUCUGGCUCAGACGCCUCCUUAAAUCCAGGUCUUUUUGUUUUUCAUAGAAAAAAACUUGCUAUAACUCUGCUUAACGCAAAACACUGGGAUAAAAUUGGUAAAGAUAUUUGUGUGUGUGUGGAUGUUCGUGACAAAGAAAAGAUGGUUUAAAUAAUUUUUGUGUCAUUAAUGAACUUUCUUCCUUUAAUUCCUCCUUAUGUCUUUUUUAAAAUGACAAUCAAUGCAAAUUUGAAUUAAGAAGAAUAACACAAAAAAAUGAAUUAAGUUUUGUGGAAUUAAUUUAAAUGCUAAAAAAGAGAAUGUUAAAAAAUUAAAGAAAAUUUUCAAUAUUGAUUGAAUUUUGAACGUUUUUAAAUGUUUUUUAAAACCCAAAAGUUGAAUGACAAACUGGUCUUGACGGUAAUUUAUUUUGUCCACGCUUAUGAGAAUCCCAAAAGUAUUUUGAACUUUUUUGCUAAGGACUGGAGCUAAACAAUCAUCAAAAGUUCCCUAAAGCCCCCAAAUAUCUUCCAUCAAACAAAUU